UACAAACGUCAAACUCAUUAUUACAAAAUAAAUCGUGGGAGGAUCGAAGUUCUUUGUUUUCAUUUUGAUUUGUUUAAAAUUAACUAAAAUAAACAAUAAAAAUAUUUCAAAGUCACGAUAAACUAUUGCUAUAAAGUGUUAGUGACAACGUUAUAGUAUUUUAUGUUUGGAUUUUGUACAUGACGUAACAGAGAAAGGUUCGUGUACGAUGAGUGAUUCAAAGUCUUUCGUAAACUUUUCGUGUCAGCGAUGUUUGCAGCCACUGAAGUUGGACGAGUCCCUGAACAACUUGGGAGAGCACACGAUAGCUGACCUGGCGCUCCAAAUCCGUCGCAAUAAUGAGGUCGACUUAGAUAUACAAUCAACAAGCUUAGAACAUUACGUACCUCCGUUUCGCAUGUCAGAAUCAGGUAACGGCGCAAAUGGGUUUAUGGUGAUCUCAGACGGCUGGGAGACAACCUCCUUGGGCCACCAGCUCCACGUCAAAGCUACUCUAUUCGACCUAUUAUCAAAUAAUUCAGAUGUAGACCAUCCCCUGUGUGAUGAGUGCACCGAUACGUUAUUAGAGUUAAUGGAUAACCAGUUACGUCAAACUGAGGCUGAAUGGAAAGACUACAAUGACUAUUUAAAAAAGUUAGAGGAUGACAAGGAAGAUUUGAAUUUGGAAGGGUUGGAGAAAGAGUUGGGAGAUUGGAAGCAGGAACAAAGUCGGUUGUUACAAGAAUUAUCUGCUUUACAAAAAGAGGAGAAAGCCAUGAAAGAGGAGAUUGAUAUCCAAGAAAGAGAGAAAGAGAGAUUAGAAAAGGAACAAGAUGUUUAUUGGAGAGAGUACACAAGAUAUCGGAAAGAUUUGAUGACAAUUGAAGAUCAGAUGAAGUUUUACGAGUGCCAGCUGACAUACACACAGUCUCAGCUUGAAAAGUUAAAGAAAACAAAUGUAUUUAAGGCUACGUUCCACAUUUCGGAUUCUGGUCAAUUCGGUAUUAUAAACAACUUCAGACUUGGACGUUUACCAUCCGCACCGGUCGACUGGUCCGAAAUUAACGCUGCUUGGGGCCAAACCGUUCUCCUACUUGCUUCUUUGGCACGGAAAAUAAGCUUUAACUUCCAACGUUACAAGCUUGUACCGUACGGAAACCACUCGUACAUAGAAGUGUUGGAGGAUCAGAAAGUCCUGCCUUUAUACGGUUCAGGAGGCUUCCGUUUCCUAUGGGACACAAAGUUUGAUGCGGCCAUGGUAGCGUUCUUAGACUGUCUUCAGCAAUUUAAGGAGCAAGUUGAGAAAGGCAAUACAGGUUUCUGUCUGCCAUAUCGAAUUGAUAAAGGCAAGAUUGAGGAUACAGCGUCACCACCACAUGCUUAUUCAAUUAAAAUUCAGUUUAACUCCGAAGAACAUUGGACGAAAGCGCUCAAAUACAUGUUGACGAAUUUGAAAUGGGCACUGACUUGGAUCUCAUCGCAGUUUAGCGAAGACAAGCAUGAAAAUCAAUGAAAAUAUCUAUCUUUUAGUAUGUUUUGUCUAGUUUUUUACAUCUCUGAUAACUUCCUGAUAGAUUUAACUUACAGGUAGAAUCGUACUGAUUUAGUUGUUACUAUUAAAAAAUGUAUUUAUUAGGCUGUUGUCUAGAACAUGUAAAACUGAGCAUAACUCGUAACGCUAUGUAACAUAAACUUUACUCGUCACUUUAAAAACUGUUAUUCCUCACAUUUUUAUUCUGAUCAUCAGUUUGUUGUUAUUUAAAUAAUGUUUUAUAAUACAGGAACAGUAUACUAGGUCAAUUUUGUUUUUUAAACUUAUUAAUUACCUUGAUGUUCAUUAUGACACUGUGAUUUUAUCUUUAUUCCCGAUUUGUAUAUAAAUAACUAGGUUUAGCUAAAACAAUGUGUAAAUAUAAAUGAUAUAAUAAAUGUUUUGUCGUAA